CCGCCGGCGCCGUCGGCAUUUUCCCGCAAUUCGCAACCACUUGCACCGUCUCUUUCUUCCCCUGGUGCGCUGGAUGAGCCGCCCGACUCAGCCAGAACUGUGGCUCCGCAGGGCGGAUUCUAUACUGUGGCUGCACUGAUGGGCAGAGAUGAGGGCUUGAAAGACAAAUUCUCUGAUGUUGGCACUGUGCGACGGCGGCCAGAACCACUUCCAGCCGGAUCUUUUCCACCGCCUCGCCCAGGCAGUGCUGGCAACGAGAUGUCCACAGCAGAUGGAAGGACAAUCAGACGGCGCACAAGGGGCGACUCAAUGAGCAGCAUGAUGUCUUCCGAAUCUGCACCAAUCACUCCUCGGUCCAGCAGUCUUGUUCAGGUGCCGAUCGACGGUUCUGUUUCUGGACCAACAUUGCCUCGAAGGUCAGACUCCAUACGAAGGGUGCUUCUUCCUCGCUGCUCCACUGAUUCGCCUACGUCCCCGAGGCUAGUCAGUGCCUGGCAACAGACCUUCACCUCAUCAGGGAGCUCGCCUGCCACUCCAGGAUCCAUCGAGACAGGAGAAGAGCGCCAACUCGAGCAUCUCAAUGUGGUAGACGGCGAGCAGGAAAUGCUCGAGAGCCCCUCGUACGAUUCGCCAGUCUCACCUCCGACUCCAUCCGAGCAGUCUGAAAAGCCUGCCUUGCCCAAACGAAACCCGUUGCGGCGCUAUGCAGGGCCAGCAUUGGCGUCGGCCCAGGGUAGCCGCCAAAUGGGCCUUGGAGUCGUUUUGCCAUCGCCGGCGUCUACCGUCGGCACGCGUUCUGUCAGCAAUUAUGUUCCGUCUCCCCAGAGACACACGGCUGCAGAUCGCCGCGUGUCUUCAUCCGAUGUCAAGGGCGAGAUGGAGUUGCUGAGAGACACGCUCAGGGAAGGAAAUCGGUCGCAGACAAGCCUGGCUAGCACGUCAGUCAGCGCCAAGGACAAGGACAAGGACAAGGGGAGAAGAUGGAAUCCUCUCAAGGACGUCUUUUCAGAAGGCGAAGAUUCCGGGCAUGGCUUCGCUCGCAGCAUGAGAUUUAGGACCAAAAAGGCGAGCAGGGCUAAGGAUAUCAAGCAUUUCUUCACCAGCGAAGCAUUGCAAAGCGGACACAGCCGGAGCGUCUCGCAAAUGUCGACAGCAUCAACACCGCAGCCAGAGGAUACUUGCCUGGAAGAAAGCAAGGAACAGAAAGAAGCGAGACUCGCGAAAAUGGCUGAUGAUCGGACAAAGGUCAUUCGCGAGCUCAUCGAUACCGAGAAGAGCUAUGCAGUCGACUUAGGUAUUGUGCGUGACAUUUACCUGGCAAGAGCAAAAAGCCGUCUUUUUGCCGUAUCUCCGACUUUGACGAGCUCGCCAAGCGCCAGUGCGGUGUCAUUCGGAACGCCUUCGAUAUCCAGCUCCUACUUUGGCUCCCCUCUCACUGGAAGCGGCACUCCGGCGCGCCAGAGAUUCGCAAGCUCUUCCAGCAAUCGCCUGCCGGCCAAGGCGGCGCCGCAGGAGGGAAGCAGCUUGCUUGCCUCACCAUUUCAGCAAAGACCUGGCUCUCCUCCUUCGAUCGACUCCAGCGAACUGAGCAAUCGGUCAUCGUUGUACACAGUACCUUCGGCGAUUAGUUCGACCACAUCUGAGACUGGGUUCACCAUUCCUGGAUCACGCCUACCAUCGCUAGUUUCUGAUACCCUCUCACCCGAGCUCGGGAGCGCCUCAAUGCGCAAAUCGAUCAGCCAGGGCACCAUGGGUGCUUCUCAGUCUGGUCCGAUCAAUGGUCACCAUCACGCCGAGGCCCCGAGAUCUGGAUCCCUUACUUCGCAAUUUUCGGGGCUGAAGGAUGCUCCCUUCAGCUUAUCCGACAUCCGCAUCAUCUUUGCAGGUCUUGAAGCAUGUGCCUCUCUCGCUGACGAAAUGUCGCAGCGGCUGCAGAAUGUUGUGCACAACGGUGACCAAGAGAGCAGCUCUAUCGGCGCUCGGCUUGCUUCAUUCUUCAUCGAUGCCGCGCCAAGAAUUACUUCUACUUAUAGCGCUUACUGCGCGAGCCAUACGGCUUCGAUCUCUCGUUUGCAAGAGUUGACAACCACAUCUUCCAAAGGCGCAGCAUUCAUCAAGGAAACCACCCAAGUAGCGAGGCAAUACACCAACGCGUGGGAUCUUGCCUCUCUCCUCAUCAAACCUGUGCAGAGGGUGCUUAAGUACCCGCUGCUUUUGCGACAGAUCCUGAAGAGCACAGACCCGCAGGCGGACGACUACAGCGCUCUCGAGCGCGCUCUCGCCGACCUGGAAGCGCUUGCAGAACGCAUCAACGAGCAGAAACGCAGGCAGGAGUUCAUCGAAGGCGUUGUCAAUAGCAAAUUCCAAGCCCCUUCUAAGGCGCCUGGUGCUUCCAGCAAAUCGUCUAAGAAACUACGACGACAACAUGAACAGCUUAAAGCGAUAGUCGGGCCGAGAGUCAACAACGAUGACAUUUUGUCCUUGGUGGGAAGAUUACAAAACACGGAGGAGUCGGUUCUGGCGUUUUCACGAGCAGUAUCGGACUGGGUCAAGGCGUGCCGGAAAGCGAUCGACAUUCAGUCUCAACUGAUGGAAACGUGGUCUGAUCUGCUGGCAAAACUCGGUGAAGAGGAGAGCAAUUCUUCCGACCAUGUGGAAAUUUUCUUGGCUCUCCUGCAGGGCGAGCUAUCCACGCACUGGGGACGCUUGGACGACAACGUUCAUGGCAUCCUCUUGCCUUUCACUGACACGAUUAUGUCUAUGUUCGCGGGGCCAAAGAAGGUCGUAGAGCGUCAUCAGCAACAUGAAACGGAUUACACGCGGUAUCAGCAGGUGCUCAGCAAGAAUGAGAAGAAGACGCCGGACAAACGUUUGGUGCAAAACGCGAGUGAAUACAUUGCUCUCCACGUUCAGCUGCUCGAAGAACUGCCGCAGUUCCUCAAUGGCGUCAAGGCUUUGGUCGAUUGGGCUGUUCUCAUGCUCGCCAAUAUGCAGUUGGAUUAUUACCAGAAAGUACAUUCAGAAGUACAGCGAUUCCACAUCGCCUUGAAACAUGCAGGAACGCAGGAAGUUGUUCGCGCCGAUGGGUUCGAAAUAGAUGAGGCCUUGGAACUCGACCUGGCUCUGCAGCCGCUUCCGGGUACGUCGAACCUGGCAACACCCUGUUCCCCACCUUCACAACAUUUGGGUGCUAAGUUUAUCUUCCACUCGCCGGGUCGAGAGACAGCUGGAGUGAAUACGUCGGACCACGUCCCUCCAGGUUUCACACAGCUGAAUUAUGGAAGCCAUGUCACGAUGCAAGGUACAGAAGGUGUCAGCCCAACCGUUGCCGAUCGUCUCGCUGCAGACUCGCCAUACGUUGACAAGUUGAGUUUGCAUAGCGCUGAACAAUCUUCCAGUGCACACGGCAGCGCCGCAGGUCAAUCGGCCGAUGGGGCCGCUCUUAGACCAUCGAGUGCAGUGACAGAAGCUAGCGUUAAGGCCGCGGGCAGCAAAAGUGCACCAUCUGGUUUUAGGCGUUUAGUCCGUACCAUUUCGGUCUCAAGAAAGAGGCUUGAGGCUGCUCCGCAUGUCGACCAGAUGCCCGAAGUGCCUGCCAAAGAUACAGUGCCGUCCAGUCCACCUUUGUUACCGGAGCUUCCCGUGCUAGUCCCACUCCGCAACACGCCACCAGAUUCAGCCUCUGCGGCGGCUGCACCCCCCUCCGACGAGCUUGAUUCCCAUCGCAGACGCCCAGCCAAGCUGUCACUGUCAUCAAUACCCCUCUUGGGUGGCGAAGACAAGCUCUCCGACUCUAUCGUGACGAUGGCAACAAACGUUGACGGGCCAGAGCAACUUGAUUUCAAGAUCUCGCCAGUCUCUCUGCUUCCUUACAAAGCUGGCGAGCUGCUUCAGGUUUUCGCGUCAGUACCCUCACCUGCUGCGCCUUUGGCAACGACUUCUCAAACUCAUAUCCAGGUCGCGGAGCAGUCUCAGGGAUCGUAUGUAGCGCCAUCCCAAAAUGCGGCUGAGCAUGUCUUGGCAAGGAAUCUGGAAGGGACAGUCGGCUGGGUUGAGCGACGGUGCCUGACCCAAGUUGUAUAGUGAUCCG